AUGGCAAGUGACAGUGCCGACGAUAUAAAUGUCGGCGUUGCACUCAGUACCGCUUUACUUCUCCCAGGUGACCUGGAGUGGAACGCCAAGUAUAGCGAGUAUGAGAAUUACGCUUUAAUGUUACAGCACUCUGUUCAGUCUUUUGAGAACAGAGAGAGGCUUGCCGAGAUGAAGAAGGAAUUUGCCUCCCUCCAGAAGACCAACAAAGGCCUUCAAUCAAAAAUGAAAAAAUUAGAAGACCAAGCCGAGGCCGUAAUCAAGGCCCAGACUGAUGCCGAGGAAAAGGCUGAUGCUACUGAGGCUAUCAGGAAGGUGGCCGAGUCCCAUAAGAGAGAAGCUGAAGGGAGAAUGGCCCAAGCUGAAAAAGAACUUCGGGAGGCCCUGGCCACCAAAGAAGCUGAAAUCAAAGAUGCCGAUGAAAAGGCAUACUCACAGGGUAUGGCCGACGUUACUGAGGCCUAUGAGAAACAAGUGAAGGAGGCCGACGCCAUUCCCUUGCCAUUUCCUCCAGCCCUGACUCCGAGUGAAGAUGUCGGCGAAUCUGAUGCUGAGGAUGAGGCCGAGGAGGAAGAUGACGAGGUUUUGAUUAGAAAAUCAAAAGAUGCUGAUGGGGCCAAGUCCCCUCCUUAG